UUUCGCGUACGUCACCGCACCUUUACGGCUGGUUCAGAACGUGUUAUCUGCAAUAAUGAGACCUGUAUCUUAUAUCGAAGUGAUAGAAAUAGCAAGGCAAUGUUAUGUUAAAACGAUGGGCAAUAUUAAUAAUUAUUAAGAAAAAGAGAAGACCUAAGAGAAAAUGAAACUUUGUCAACGCAGAUAAAAACUCGUCAUUGUGCACCUCUUGACUUCUCAAGUGAUUGCGACGCCCCUGUGAACGCGCGUUCAUCUCGAGCGCCGCUGUACAGCCUCGCGCAGACCUCUGAUGGCGCGCACAAGUCAACAGUACACUGAGGUGGCGAUGGGAUACAGAGAUCCUGGACUUUGUGCAGGCCAUGUCGUGAUGGUUUGAGGAUAAAACACAGCUCGGGUGGGCUAAAAUAUGAUCAGUAACCCUCUCGCGUUGACCUCCCUCCACUGAGACUAUGAGGCAAGCAGUAACCGCCACUCUGUCUGUGUGGGGUGAGAGGCGUUUCGGGUACUCCACCCUCAAGGACUCCAGCGAGUCUCUGUUAGACGAGCGCAAGCUGAGGCCUGGGCUGAAAGAGGACUCUGUCAUUGAAGAAAAAGAGCGGGCAGAGAAUGAGCAGGAGCAGCUGGAGGCUGUGCUGGGACUUCCAUCGUCCCCAGUGGAGGACACUCAGCAAACAGGCAGCACGGAGCUUUCAGACUCUACGCUGGAGUCAUGCCAGGACCAUAAGAAGAGUGGUGGGCUGGAAGCAUCACUACUGUUUGGCCCUAAGAACACUGACUCCGCGGGGAGGAAGGGUUCUCUUGGAGCUUUGCCUGUGCAGCGCUGCAGUUCCCUGGGCACCACGGCCCCUCAGUGGGUCCCUGAUUCUCAGGCACCAGCAUGCAUGAAAUGUGGAUCCAAAUUCUCCUUCACCAAAAGACGUCAUCACUGCAGAGCUUGUGGGAAGGUUUUUUGUGUGGUUUGCUGUGACCUGAGAUUUAAAUUGACUCAUCUUGGUGGGAAAGAGGGGCGUGUCUGUGUCACCUGUCAUUCAACUUUGAUUAACCGGACACUUCGGAAAGACCAGAAGAAGGUUUGGUUUGCAGAUAAUCUCCUUCCCCAGUCUGAGAGUAGAAGUGCCAACAGCUCUCCUAUUCACAGGAGUGCGUCCCACACACAGAGGGCUGAGCUCGCUCAGGCGGAAGUAACUGACCUUAGAGCAGGAGAUGAAGUCAGGGGUCUUAGUGGUAACUCCUCAAAACCCACUCCACCAAAGGACCUUCCUCCUAUUCUGACAUCAACAGGGGUCAAAGGAGACUAUACUCUGGAGGAGAAGAGAACAGAGUCGUCACUCUUAGAGGAGUUGGAGAGAGGUCUUGCAGAGCCUUUGGUCUUUGUGCUUAACGCAAACCUGCUGGCCGUGGUGAAGAUUGUCAGCUAUGUGAACCGGCGGUGCUGGUGUGUUAUGUCGAAGGGUAUGCAUGCUGUUGGACAGCCAGAGGUGGUCAUUUUAUUGCAGUGUUUGCCUGAGGAGAAGAGAUUCCCAACGGAUAUUUUCAGUCAUUUCAUUCAGAUCUACUGGGAUGCCCAGACAGCAGCAGGAAAGCUUCUGAAUCACCUAAGUCACUCUUUGGUAUCCCGGGGGUUUCUGGGUAAUAAUGAGCAUGCAGGCUUUCUUUACGUGCGUCCGACAUUCCAGUCUCUGGAGGGCCUGCCGUUACCUGUGCCUCCCUUCCUGUUCGGGCUCCUCAUGCUCCGUGCAGAGGCUCCAUGGGCCAAAGCCUUUCCCUUGAGACUCAUGCUACGUUUAGGAGCCGAGUACAGAUUCUAUCCCUGUCCCUUGUUCAGUGUGCGCUUCAGAGAGCCUCUCUUCGGACCCGUUAACAACAGUAUCAUGAGACUCUUAGUGGAUUUCCGUUUUUACCGUUACACACUGCCGACGGUACCGGGGCUCGUGGUUGAUCUAGAGGCUAGAAGCACCUGUAUAAGAAUCCCUAAAACACGUCAUCCAGAGCUGCUGAAGGCUCUGAAUAAGUCUAAUGAGAGAGUGCUGGCCUUGGGCGCCUCCUUUAAUGAGCAGGCCGACUCUCAUCUCAUUUGCGUGCAGACGGCAGAUGGACAGUACCAGACCCAGGCCAUCAGCAUUCACAGCCAACCACGCAGAGUCACUGGCUCGUGUUUUUUUGUGUUCAGUGGAGCGCUCAAGCCUUCAUCAGGGUAUUUGGCCAAGUCCAGCAUUGUAGAAGAUGGUUUGAUGGUGCAGGUAACCAUGGAGACCAUGGCUGAGUUACGCCGAUCUCUACGGGACAUGAAAGACUUCACAGUCACCUGUGGAAAAAUCCACCCAGCAGAGAGGCAGGAAUAUGUGCACAUUCAGUGGCAGGACGAAGAGCCACGCUUUAAUAAAGGCAUUAUCAGCCCCAUUGAUGGGAAGUCUAUGGAAUCUCUCACAAACAUCAAGACCCAUCAGCGCUUAGAAUACAAAGCCAAUGGGAAGCUCAUACGCUGGACAGAGGUGUUUUACUUGCUGAAAGACCAACAUCCAAAUGGUCUUAAUAACCACACCAGCCAUAACCGUCUAACAGAACGUCUUGCACGUGCGUUCUGCUUGGCACUGUGCCAGUCUCUUUGUUUGCUGAAAGAGGACGGCAUGACCAAACUGGCACUGAGAGUAAUUCUGGAUGGGCAGAAGAUGGAGUUUUUGGCAGGCAGUAACGGUCAGCGCCUUCCAGCACCGUACCAUGACUGUCUUAACCAAUCAUUAACAUCCGUGGUGCAGAGUAACUCUCAGUACCAGGGUCUCGCCGCUUGCCAGCUGGAGCUCAUCUUCUAUAUUCUUGAGGAUACGGCAUAGAGACAGACCACACCACUGUCACAUGUGCCAAUACUCCCAGAAACCUCCUGAGCAUAACCUUUGAGUUCAGUAUAAUUUGAGAGUGGAAUGUAGUAGACGUCCCCAUGGGGCAGCUUAUUUUAGAAGUUUAUUCAAUACCAUACUGCUCACUGUGAAAGGGUCUGGGGUUAAGACAUCAAAUGGCUUUAAAAACUACUAACAUUUCUCAGUCAUCACUAGUGGUCGACUGAUAUAUCAUUUUUGCUGAUUGAUCAACACCAGUAGUAGCUCUUGAAACUAUUAUACAAUGGCAAAAAUGAACACUGAUAGUUCACUAGGUGCCACAAGGUUCUUAUGGAAGCGCAUUUCCAUUUCAAAGUUAAAAAAAAUUGCUACGUUAUUUCUCAUAAUCGCAUCCUCAGAUCUGGCUAUUGCAACUAAUUGAAAAAUUCUCUUAAUUGUGACUUUAUAUCUCACAGUUGCAACUUUAUUUCUCGUAAUUGUAACAGUAUCUCACAACUGUGACUUAUCUCACAUGUGUGACAUUUUCGUGUAAUUGCAGCUUCAUAUCUUACUAUUGUGACCAUUUGUCAUAAAUGACUUCAUGUCUCAUAAUUGCAACGUUUAUUACUCAUAAUUGUGACCUCAUAUCACGCCCUUGCGUCUAUUUGUGACUUUUGUAAUUAUGACUUUAUUUCUUGUAAUUGUAACUUUAUAUCUCACGUGUGCGACUAUUUCUUGUAAUUGCAGCUUUCUGUUGUCACCAUCUCAUAAUUAUGACUUUAUUUCCACCCGCAGUAAAAAAAGAAAAAAAUAAUUGCGAACUUGUAUCUCGCUAUUGCUAUAUUUGUCUUAAUCAUGACUUUAUACAGUUGUAAGAAAAAGUAUGUGAACCACUUGCAGAAUCUGUGAAAUGUGAAUAAUUUUAACAAAAUAAGGGAGAUAAUACAAAAUGCAUGUUAUGUUUUUAUUUAGUUCUGUCCUGAGUAAGAUAUUUUACAUAAAAGAUGUUUACAUAUAAUCCACAAGACAAAAAAAAAUUGCUGAAUUUAUUAAAAUAACCCCAUUCAUAAGUAUGUGAACCAUUGAUUCUUAAU